CAAGCCGCUCCUCUGAUUGGCUGGGGGGCGGAGCCACCGAGUUUCUGAGCGGAAGAUGGCGGAUCUCGUGGGGAAGCGGCCUCGGAUCCAGGGAGAAGUACGAAAAAUCGAGUGGCGGAAAUUGAAGAAAGAGAGGAAAGAAGAGAAGAAGAAAUGGAGAGAGCUGAAAAUGAUAAAGAAAUUGGAGAAGCAGCGGGCUCAGGAAGAGGCAGAGAAGCAGAGAGAGGAGGCUGAGGAGACACACAAGCAAACAAAUGGACGAUCAUAUACCCUGAGCGUGGCCCUCCCUGGCUCUAUCCUCAACAAUGCCCAGUCUCCAGAGCUUCGAACCUAUCUGGCUGGACAGAUUGCCCGGGCCUGUGCCAUCUUUUGUGUGGAUGAGAUUGUGGUAUUUGAUGAAGAGGGUGAAGAUGUCAAGAGCAUUGAGGGAGAAUUUGUUGGCAUUGGCAAAAAAGGACAGGCCUCGGUGCAGCUAGCUCGAAUCCUCCAGUAUUUGGAGUGCCCACAGUACCUGAGAAAAGCCUUCUUCCCCAAACACCAGGAUCUGCAGUUUGCAGGGCUGCUGAAUCCCUUAGAUAGUCCUCACCAUGUACGGCAGGAGGAGGUUUUGGAGUACCGGGAAGGGAUUGUGUUAGACAGGCCGACUCGGCCUGGACGAGGCUCCUUUGUCAAUUGUGGCAUGAAAAAGGAGGUACAGAUAGACAAGAACCUGGAACCUGGUCUGAGAGUCACUGUGCGGCUGGAUCAGCAGCAGAUCCCAGAGAGCAAAAGCCUAAAGGGACGAGUUGUAUCAAGCCAAGAGCCCCGCACCCAUGCUGGGCUCUACUGGGGCUAUAGUGUUCGCCUGGCCUCCUGUCUUAGUGCAGUGUUUGCUGAGGGCCCCUACAAGGAUGGCUAUGACCUGACCAUUGGAACCUCAGAGCGAGGAGAGGGUCUGGCCUCAAUCCAGCUUCCCAAUUUCAACCAUGCCAUUGUGGUGUUUGGGGGCCUCCAGGGGUUAGAAGCUGGUGUUGAGGCUGAUCCCAACCUAGAGGUCACAGAUCCCAGUGUUCUCUUUGAUUUCUACCUCAACACCUGUCCGGGACAAGGCAGCCGAACCAUCCGUACUGAGGAAGCCAUCCUCAUCUCCCUGGCUACCCUGCGACCUCAUAUCACUGGGGCUGGGGCUGGGGCUGGGCCUGACUGAAGGCCUCACUAAAUGCUGCAAGACCUACUGUAGCACUGACUGACCUGGUGUUGGCGGCAGAUUGACUGGCAGGAGGCCUUGGGACCCUGUUUGCCAGUCACAAGAUGGAUGAGGAGAGACUCCAAGACUGAAACCAGUUCUGGAUGACCCUGCCCAGUCCAGGGGCAAGAGGGCUGAAGGUCCUAACAGACAACUCACCAAUGAAUAAAGUGGGGCAGUGCCCCUUCCUGGUCA